AUGCCGUCGAUUGUUCUAUUAUAUCUUCUAUUUCUGUCUGUUUUGCUGCAGGAUUCAAUGGGCACUCGGCUCCUGAAGUUCACCAACGUCAAGUGCAUGGAUCUGCCGACAUCUCGUGGUUUCACCAAAUAUGAAUACUGUCGCUUGAAGGUGGUUCGCAGGAACGAGGUGGAACUCUCUCUGAAGGUCAGCCUGCUCCAGGUUCCCAUCCGGAAUCUGACCACCAGAUUGCAGUGCUUUCAACGGCGUGAUGGCUAUCGACCCUUCAUGUACAAUAUACUCUUUGAUUUCUGCAAGCUGAUGGCCAGAACUAAUUAUGGCCUCUCCUUCGAACGAUUCAUUUUCGAUGCGAUUCGCAAGCAGAGUAACUUUAAUCAAACCUGUCCUUGGAAGGAGAAUCACAUGACGGUGGAGAAGUUCGCCCUGAAUUUCACAAAGAUCAGCAUGCCAGUGCCCGCGGGAACCUACCGCUUGGAUUUCACCUUUUACGCCUACGGUGUCGCACGUACAUUGACACAGGUGUUUUUCGAGAAAAACGAGUGA